ACUUAUUCUGUCUCAUUAAGUCAAAUAUUGUUGUAUUUUAACAGACAUUUUGGUGGAAAAUGAUCCUCAGACUUUCAAAGUCCGAAAGAAUUCCAGGACUUGCUUACAAUCUAGAUGAUUUUAGGUAAACGCACAGACAGAUAGACACCUAAACCCCUCACCCCAGUCUUCCGUCCCACCCUUUAGACCCCCAUAACCCCUUCGAUCCAUUCCACACUCACUCUUUGGCAGCUUAUGCAACUCAUUUCUUAGAAAAAGUGUCCGUGGGAUCAGAUAGCCCGAGUCCAAAAUAUCGUACCCCCGUUUUCAUGAGCCCAGAACUAGUUGGCUGGCCUCAGAUUUAUUGUACCUUGUCGUUUUGGAGGAAGAUCGUAUGCAUGUGGUCAGUAGCGAGGAGCCUGCGACCCAACCUCCCUCUCAUGUUACGCCCUAUAUAUAACAUCCAUUCCUCCAGCACCUCCGUUCAACCCCCCCCUCCCUCGUUCCCUCGCUCCAACACCACUUCUCCAGAAGCGCUGUAUCCACUCGGGCCCAGACGGCUCUGUCUUUCCCUCUCCCUUUCUUUCUUUCUCUCUCACUCCCAUCUGUCACCCGAGCUUCCUCUCGCAGGCUGUGUGUGUUUACCCUCUUUUUCGGCCUGGCAACGGGGCUGCAUGCUCAGGAUUACCGGAGGCCCUGCCUUUCAUCGCUGCCCGCUCCCUCUUCCUUUCGCCGUUGACUCCUGGACUACGGUGGCCACGGGUGCGAGGCUGUGUGUUUUUGGGGCUUUUUGGAGUUAAGUGGAAGUGUCGACACUAAGAGAACAUGGAUCACUCUCUGUUCGGAUGCCUUCGGAGCCCGCACGCCCCGUCCCAAGCCCUGCACCCGGCGUUCGCCCAGUCCUCCCUGGCCCUGCACGGUCGCUCUGACCACGUCUCCUACCCCGACCUUCCAGGACCCUCGCCGCCCUGCAGCUACGCGGGGGAGGAGGGCAGCUUCGGAGGACCUCAUCACAGAGUUCACCACACUCCGCAGCAUCCACACCACUCGCAGCAUCAGUCCUGGCACGUGCCGCAGAUGCCGUCGAUCGACGGCGAGCGCCACAACCUCUGCCUGCCGCACCCUGACUCUGCCGCUCCAGAACUGUGUGGUGCAGGAGGAGCGAGUUCACAGGGCCUGUGCGCGGGUAACCCAACGCUCGCUGGUAGUGACCCCUCCGGGGUGUCGUGUGUGCCUGGAGAAUACGGGAGACAGAACAUGUCACCUGUUGAGCCGGAGCGACGGAAUAGCAAAGGAAAGAGUGACAGUUCAGAUUCCCAGGAUGGGAGCUAUAAGUCAGACGUGAGCAGUAAACCUAGGAAGGAGCGCACAGCGUUCACCAAGGAGCAGAUUCGAGAACUGGAAUCAGAAUUCGCUCACCACAACUAUCUGACACGGCUUAGACGUUACGAAAUCGCUGUCAACCUUGACCUCACAGAGAGACAAGUAAAGGUGUGGUUCCAGAACAGAAGGAUGAAAUGGAAGCGGGUGAAGGGAGGUCAGCAAGGAGCCGCUGCGCGUGAGAAAGAACUGGUGAACGUAAAGAAAGGAACUCUCUUGCCCUCUGAGUUUUCCCCAAUGGUCGGACUACACCACCCCAUCGGUUCUCCUAGCAAUGAGGACGACAGUCACGACAGUGACCAGAGCUCCGAGCACGCACAUUUAUGAUGCCCGGACCACACCCAGUCACAACCUGGCAAUUUCCUCAGGAAUCAACUAUGUUGGUACUCCGAAGGCUGUUAACAACUAGUACUGGGCCACGCUUUGUUAUUUCAUUCUGAGCGGUUAGGGUUUGUUCUUGGUCUGUGAAACAGAUGCUCACAGGGUUGCAAACCAGAGCUCAGCCCCCAAUGGCACCAAACUUUGAAGAUUAGUCUAAAUAAACGUUAAGGGGUUUAAAGGUGGCCACACUUUUCAAGAGACUAUGCGUUCAUCCACGUUUGACUCUUAAGAUUGACAUUGUAAAUAAAUGUAUAAGUUUGAAUGUUGCAAACAUUCCACACGAGUGCCUUGGAGAGGAUUUUUGCACUGUUUUAAGUUUUGGCCUAACUGAUUGCUACUGUAUUUUCGCAGAUUUUGAUAAAAAUAUCAUUGAUUACAAAAUAGAUCUACAUAAUCUGUGACAGCACAGAAUAAGUAUUAUUUUAGCCCAUUUGUAAAGAAACAAAAGAAGCCAUUAAUUACAAGUUGCAGACUAUUUGUUGAUUAAUUAAUGAAUUAGAAUGAAACACACAGAGUAGUUUUUAGACUGACAAAUGUCCAUGUUUUUUUUUUUCUCACAAUAUGGGUACUUUUGGGUAAACAAAUGGAUUGAAAAUGACAUAGACCUAUGCAGCAAACUGAUAAACAUUUAAUUUAGAAGGAUAAUUAAAGGAUCGUUCACUUGCACUUCCUAAGGCUUGUGUACUUCAGGACUGCAAAUAAUUUUCCGUGAUCACUGAAGGAGUCAUUACAAAAAAUACACUACAGUUCAAAGCUUUGGGACUGGUAAGAUUUUUUCUAAUGUUUUUGAAAGACGUCUCUUAAGGCCCGUU